AUGACAUUGUACCCUCGAUACUUUGGGACAAAUCCUCUUCCCAUGCAUACGUAUCUCUGCAUCAGACACGGAUUUCUCAGGCGCUUCUCUUUUCCUGCAACAGUAAAAAUCGCCAUUGAUAAACCAGUUUCAUGCUCAGAACAAUACUACUAUACCAAUCUUUUGAGUUCUUGCAAGAAUUUAAGCUCUUUGAAACAAAUUCAUGGUCGUUUGAUUGCUCUAGGCCUUGAAUCAGACCAUUCAUUAGAGGCAAAGCUCCUUAAUUUAUAUUCAGUUUAUCAUGGAUCAGUUGGGGGUCGCCUAAUCUUUGAUUUUUCGAAAACCCCAACUGUUAUUUUAUGGAAUUCCAUGAUCAAAGUUUAUAACAAGAGUAAUUUGUACAGAGAAGCUCUGGUUUUGUAUACUGAUAUGCUAAAACAGGCCAUUGAGCCUGAUAAUUACACUUUUCCCUUUGUAUUGAAGGCAUGUACUGGAAGUUUGUGUUUGGAAAUGGGUUUUUCUCUUCAUGGGGAGGUUGUUAAGAGAGGAUUUGGACUAGAUGGUUACAUUUGCACUGGCCUAAUUGAUAUGUACUGUAAAUUUGGUUACACCGAAUUCGCGAGAGAAGUGUUUAAUAAAAUGAGUGAGAGAGAUGUGGUGGCUUGGAAUGCGAUGAUUUCUGGUUAUUCACAAGUUGGUGAUCCUAAAGAAGCGUUGAAAGUGUUUAGAGAGAUGCAAAUGGUGGGCAUUGAGGCCAAUUCAGUGAGUUUAUUGAACCUGUUUCCUUCAGUGUGCUGGUUAUCUAGUCUUGUGCUGUGUAAAUGUUUGCAUUGUUUUGCCAUCAAAAGAGAGUUCGAGCUUUCGGUUUUUAAUGGGUUGAUCGAUCUCUAUGCAAAAUGUGGAAACGUGGAAGCUUCUCGUCGAAUCUUUGAUAGACUUUUGAAGAGAGAUGAUGUUUCUUGGGGCUCCUUAAUUUCUGCUUAUUCUCAGAAUGGGUAUAGUGUUGAGGCUUUGGAGAUUUUCGGUGUGUUAAAAAGAGAUAAAGUGAGGCUUAAUCAAGUGCAGAUAGUUGGGGCUCUUUUGGCAGCAACUGAUCUGAGAGAUAUUGAGAAAGGGAAGGAAAUCCAUGAUUACUUGAUUCAAAGGGGAACUAGUUUGGAUAUUGAGGUAAGCACCACACUUAUAACAAUGUAUGCUAAGUGUGGAAACCUCAAUCUGGCAAAGGAAUUGUUUAAUGGUAUUGAAAAUGGAGAUUUGGUAGCUUGGAGUGCUAUGAUAUCUGCUCUUGCUCAUGGUGAGCAUCCCAAUGAAGCAUUGCAGUUUUUCAGAGAAAUGCAAAAUGUGAAUUUAAAGCCAAAUCGUGUGACUAUAGUAAGUGUUCUUCCUUCUUGUGCAGAGAUAUCAGCUUUGAAGCUAGGCAAGAGUAUUCAUGGCUAUGUUAUGAAAGUUGACAUGGGUAUGGGAUUGGAUGUUUCGAUUGGAACAGCACUUGUGGCCAUGUAUGUAAAGUGUGGAUGCUUUAGUCAUGCAAAGCUUUGGUUUCAUGAGAUGCCAUGCAAAGAUGUAGUUACAUGGAAUGCCAUGGUCAACGGCUAUGCUCAGAUGGGUCAUGCCCAUAAAGCCAUGGAAACAUUUAGGCACAUGCAAUCUGUUGGGCUUAAGCUAGAUUCUAGCACCUUAGUGGGCUUGCUCCCUUCAUGUGCACUCUUAAAAGCUAUAAAUAAUGGCAAUUGCAUACAUGGCCAUGCCAUCAAGCUAGGUUUUGAAUCUGAUCUUCACGUUAUGAAUGCCACCAUUGACAUGUAUGCCAAAUGUGGGUGCAUUGGUCAUGCUGAGAAAUUAUUUGAGACCGAAUUUGUGAAGGAUGAGAUCUCAUGGAACACUAUGAUUGCAGGAUAUGCACAAAAUGGGCGACCCAAGGAUGCUGUUUCUAUUUUUUGUUGGAUGAGAGAGAAAGAGGAGCUCCAGCCCAAUUUGGUCUCCAUUGUUAACAUAAUACCAGCCUAUGCACAAUUGGCGGCCUUGAAUGAAGGAAAAACUAUCCAUUCAUACAUAGUAAAAACUGGGUUUUUCUCAAGUAUAAUAGUAAUUAAUAGUCUAAUAGAUAUGUAUUCGAAAUGUGGGCACCUGGGUAUGGCUCGAGAAAUUUUUGAUCUCAUGCCCCAUAGGGAUAUGGUGUCGUGGAAUGCUAUGUUAUCAGGAUAUGCCAUCCACGGCCAUGGCCAAGAUGCUAUUUUUCUUUUCUCUCAGAUGAGAGAGAAUUCUGUGUUGUUUGAUGACUUGUCACUCUUGAGUGUUCUAUCCGCAUGUAGGCAUGAAGGACUAGUUGAUGAAGGUUUGAGAAUUUUCGAAUCCAUGAGAUAUGAAAACUACAUUGAACCAAAUAUGGAGCACCAUGCUUGUAUGGUCGAUCUAUUGGGUCGUGCAGGUAAGAUUGAGGAAGCAUGGGCUUUUAUUCAAAGGAUGCCUAUGAAGCCUGAUGCUGGGGUAUGGGGGGCCUUAUUGGGUGCUUGUCGGAUUCAUCUCAAUGUAGAGUUAGGAGAGAGAGCAUUAUCUCACCUUGUUGAUUUAGAGCCUGAAAACCCCGCACAUUAUGUGGUUCUUUCUAAUAUUCAUGCUUCUUUAGGAAGGUGGGAUGAUGCUCAUAAGAUGAGAAUGGUUAUGCACAGUAAAAGGCUGAAGAAAAUUCCUGGUUGCAGUUGGAUUGGAGGAGAAGAUGGCAAUGGUAGAGAAGUUUAUUUGCCUGAAAGAGAGGAGGGAGGCAGGUCAUAUACUCCCUAUGAGAUUCAUUCUGAAUAA